UUGGGUAAUAACAGUCUGGCAGUCUCACAGAAAUAAAGCUUUCCUUAAAGGUCUAUAGCUGCAGGCAUGUGAAAAUAAUCAUCAUCAUCAUCAUGGAUUUGGCAAAUUGAAUAUGGGAAAUGAGAUGGGCAACAAUAACACUUCUGGAUUGCGAGAAGAGGAUAACACAACCCCUGAAGCUCAGGGAAAAUUUUUGCAAGAAACUGAUCAUAAUAGUGAUGUAAAAGGAGAAAAUUAUGUGGUACCGACAACUGGAUGUAAAGAUUAUCUUCAGACAGAGACAGGGUUAGACUUUGACGAUCCAAACGGAGAAGGAGAUACUCCUGCUCAUAACCAGACAUCUGAUGGAACAGGUCAAAAAGAGACUGGAGUUAAUCCUUCUGUUGAAUCUGCAGAAGCUGAAAAGAUAUCAAAUGAAGAAGGUGGAAACGAUAGAGACAUUCAAUUUGCAGCUUCUUUUUCAAAGGAAAUGAAAGGUCACAGAAACCCAACAUCAUCAGAGAAUAUUUUGGAAACGAGUAAUAAUUGUAUUGAAAGGCAGCCUUCCUUCAAGAAAGAAGAAGAGGAUAUUCCAAAUUCAACUUUUGUUGCAAUAUCCUCAGCACAUGAUUCAGAAUCUGAAGAUUCUGAAGAACCAAAGCCUGAUCAACAUGAAUUUACAAAAGUGCAUGCUGAGCAAUCGGAACAAGAUAGCACUAAUUCAUUGAGAGGAAUUGCAGAUGUCUUAGGAACAAGUGCUGAAUACAGUAGCAAAAAGAACAGUCACCUGUUAGAUAUUUACAUGUCUGAUAACCUGGAAGGAACUAUUGAUUCUGCUACUAAUCUAGAUGUGGAGAUAAGAAAGGAUGAUUUGUUGGCGAAAGAAAUGGCAUCUCAGGAAAUCAAUAUGCCCAGCAAAGAGAAAUUUGAAGUUAUUUUAUCAUUGGAUCUUCCAAGUAAUGUUGGAGAGAAAUAUGGAGAGUUAGCUGGUAAGAUGAAUUGUAAUGAAACUAAUUUCUUGGAGUCAAAACAAGGAGCCAAUCUGGUGGCUGAAUCAUUAGAUUCCCAUUUAGAAGCCUCCCUGCCUGAAGACAAAACCAUGGUUCUUCCUAAUAUGGUUCUUCCCGACAAGGCUAAAUUAAUAGGAAAAGAAUCGGAAAGUGGAGAAAAUAAGCAUGAUCUUCGUUUUCCAGUAGGAGAAUCCAAUAUUGAGAAGGCAAAUGGAUCUGAAACUGAUUCUUUGAGAAGGCUUAAUUGCAAGAACAUUGAAAUGGACGGUUCUGUUAUCACUGCUCAAGAUGCUGCUAGCAAUGGGGACUGCCAAAUUGAGGAAGUGAAGGUUGUUGAGGAAUCUGACAACCAGGAGAAAAAAAUGAACUUGGAACUCGGAAUAUUUGAAGCCGAGCCAUCCAUUGCAAAUGACGAAAACAAUGAAGAGGAAUCAGGAGAUUGCAGACCUGAGGCAAAUACUUCUCAUGAUGCUGCUUACAAAGGGAACUGCCAAGUUGAGGGGGCAAAGGCUCUUGUUGAAUCUGACAACCAGAAUGAGUCUUCUGAAGAACAUUGCAAUGGACCUGAAGGAAAGCAUGUGAUGGUUCAUGAACUUGGAAUAACUGCAGCCAACUUAUCCAUUGCAAAUGGCAAAAACAAUGAAGAAGAAGUAGAAGAUUUCAAACCUGAGGCAUUAACUGCUCAUGAAGCUGCCACCAAGAGGAACUGCCACAUUGAGGAGUUCAAGGUUGUGGAGGAAUCAAACAACCAGAAUGAGGCUUAUGAAGAAAAUUGCGAGGAAUCUGAGGGAAAGAUUGUAAGUAUUCCUGAACUUGGAAUGGUUGCAGCCAAGUCAUCCAUUGCAAACAGCAAAAUCAAUGCAGAAGAAUCAGGAGAUUGCAAAAGUGAUGAAGCAUACGAAGGAAAGAUUAUAAUGGUUCCUGAGCUUGUAACAGUUGCAGCAGUGUUGCCAGUCCCAAAUGUCACAAACAAUGAAGAGGAAGCAGAAGAUUACGAAGCCGAGGAAGAGGAACCUGUAGAGAAGCACAUUGUGGAGAUAAAGCAGAAAAUAGAAGUUCCAUUUGUGCCAGUAGAACAUCAUCUAUCAUGCGCUUCAGCUUCUCUGUUCCUACCUGAGAAUCAUCAACAGGAAACUUUCAUGAAAUCUGAGGAUUCCCAAGAUAGCAGCAAGUCAACGUUGGAACUGAAACCGAAGAGCAGCAAUAAGUUCAAUGCUACAACGUUUUCCACUUUCCAUGCUACAAGCUCUCCUGUAGAGUCCUUAGUCUCUGUGGUUGAGUUGGCAAUUGAGAAACUUGCGGAAGAAGUUUUACCCCAAGUGACAGCAGCUCCAAGGAUGGCCACAGAUACUAAAUCUUCAGCUUCAGCAAAUGAUUCCAGUGAGCAACAUGAAAAAACUGAAUUGUCUGUCUUUGCAAAGAAUAUUAUUGAGGCACAAGAAAAUGCUGUAAGGAUGAGCACUGAAUCAGUUACUGAAAACUUGAUUCAAGCGGAGGUGGGAAAGUCUCCAAGUUCAAUUGUGGAAAGCACAGUCCCUGCUGUGCAGUUAGCAAUUGAGAAAUCACAGCAAGAAUCUCCACAUUACAGCAUAACAGUUCUAGAGACAGUGACACAAGCUAAAUCAUUAGCUUUAGCAAGUCAGUCGAGUGAACAAUGUGAAAAGGUAGAAACUUCGGUCCACGGAAGGGGCGGUUAUGAGCCACAAGAAACUGUGGGAAGGUUCAGCACCGAAUCAAUUUCUGACAACUUGAAUAAUCAUGCAGAGAUGCGGAAAUCUCCAAGCUUCAAUCUUGAUCUCCGAAUAGAAGCAAGGGGUGAAGAAUCAGAUCAGACUCCACUACUUCAUGAGGAUAAAAAUGCAAUUGAAGGCUUACCAAUCCAGGCAGAUGUAAGCCUUCAAAACUCACUUCCGCAAGCUCAAUAUGGCCAAGAAUCAUUGAAGUAUCAAGCAAUGCCAGUGGAAGAAAAAGUGAUUACUCUGGAAAGAAACGACUCUGAGAAGUCAAGAACACCAUUCCUAGGGUUCUUGAAAGAAGAUGAGGAGGCUCGUGGUGCAGUUCUACCGAAGAAAAAAGAAAAUUAUGUUGCUGUAGAAAAAGCAACCAAGGAUCCAUGGAACUCAUCUGCCACUAAAGAAGUCUCGCCAACGCCUCCAAAAGGUAAAGAAAAGCACAAGCGCAGGCCAUCUCUCUUCACCAAUUGCAUGUGUUGUACAACUGUGAUUAAUUAAAAAGCUUAAGAUCGAAGUUAACAGUUUUACAGUUUGGUAUUCUGAAUUAAUUUGUUUCGGUAUUGGUUUCCCUUUCUAAUUCCAAGUUUUCAAGACGUGGGGUAUUGAUCAAUGGAGAGACUGUUGAUUGGUUUAGCAUAUUUGAGACUAACCAAGAAAGAGUGAGUAUAACUUAUGUAACCCUCAUUAAUUGCUUUGUGUUCUUUCUCUGUCUAUACUUGUCCUAAACUUGCACAGCCCUGCAUGCAUUGUAUUUUUUCAUGCAAGUUCUCAUUAGUUGAAUCUCUUGAUGUAAUUUAUUGGGGUGUUUGUUGGAGAUAAAUUGGAAGGUUUGGAGAGGAUAUUGUAAAAUAGGCAGCUUUUGCUGCCUUUGACUGUAUCAUUUGUUUAUUCAUUGAAAAUACAAAUGUUUCUUAAUGUUAA